CAAGCCGCUGCCCUCAAAAUUUCCCUAUUGAUUUCUUUAUUCCUUGGAUUAAAAUACAGAAGUCUCCUACAGUCCAAAGAAAAAGGCUUCUCUCAGUCUUAUAUCUCUCUCAGCAAGUGUCUCCGCUCCGAAAUCAACUCAGCUCUAAAUUAUCUUCCCUCCCUCCAUUUUCUCCUCCGACUCCGAUCACCAGUCUUUAACCAUGGCUAAUGCAGCAUCAGGUAUGGCUGUGCAUGAUGAUUGUAAAUUAAAAUUUUUGGAGUUGAAGGCAAAAAGGACGUACAGAUUUAUAGUAUUCAAGAUUGAGGAGAAGCAGAAGCAGGUAAUUGUGGAAAAGGUUGGUGAGCCUGGUCAAAGCUACGAGGACUUUGCUGCUAGCCUUCCUGCUGAUGAGUGUCGGUAUGCGGUUUUUGAUUUCGAUUUUGUGACUGCAGAGAAUUGCCAAAAGAGCAGGAUUUUCUUUAUUGCCUGGUCUCCGGAUACAUCAAAAGUGCGAAGCAAAAUGAUCUAUGCAAGCUCCAAAGACAGGUUUAAGAGGGAAUUGGAUGGUAUCCAGGUAGAGCUGCAAGCAACUGAUCCAACUGAAAUGGGUCUUGAUGUUUUCAAGAGUCGUGCCAACUGAACUUGAAAAACCUCUUGCAUUGCAGUGAAUUUCUAUCGUGUCACUUACUAUAAGAGCAAAUGUUAAUAGUUCUCUUGGGAGGUUGAACCUGGCUAAGACAUGAUAUUAGCCUCUUGUUCAAGUUUAUCGGAUAGACUUGUUCUCAUUUUAGAUCAAGUUAUGUCAGUUCGCUCUUAUUUGAAGAUUUGUUGUGUGUGGAAACUGUGCCACGAGACUGCACUUGGAUAACCAUUAUUGUACUAUUUAUGCUUUGCAUAUUUGCAUUCCUUCCUACAAGAUA